AUGAAGAGCGAGCCGGACUCCUUCUCUAUCAGCGACCUGGAGAAUCGAAAGAACCAGACCGAGCCCUGGGACGGCGUGCGUAAUCAUUUGGCCAAGAAGAUCAUGCAAGGCAUGCGUGCAGGCAACAAGGCAUUCUUUUACCAGUCCAACUGCAAGGAGCCGGGGGUGAUCGGUAUCAUGGAGGUACGCAGGUUGAGCCGCGUGAUUGGCCUCCAGGAGCUCAAGCAGUACAAAGAUGGCGACCUCUCUGGGAUGGCCCUCUUCAAGCAAUCGAGGCUGUCGGUGCAGCCCGUGAAGAAGGAGGAGUGGGAUUUUGUGCUGAGUCUAGAGUCAAAGGACCCAGAGGGCGAAACAUGA